AAGUUUACAGUCACUACUUGGCCAUCAAAUCGUACGAACGUCUGUGGAAAGUGUCAACAACAAGAAGUAGCAGUAGUAAUUCGCUCGCUGCAAAUCGGUAUUGUGUGCGCGUAAAUAUUUAUAAACAACUUAAAGCAUUACAUUUAGUCAUAAUUAUAAUUUUGAAGAGCAGUGAAAACAGUCAGGAGAACGUAAGAGACAAAACCACUUAGAGGACUAAAAAUCCACUUGAAACCAAUUUUCAAAAGCAUUCGUCUCAUUUUGUGUGAAUGAAAAUCUGAACUGAUGGCAAAAAAAUUUCUGACACGCAAAGUUACACGUGUUGGAAAAAACUACUAAGAGCUUUUACAGAUGCGGAAAAUAAGAAAAGUGCACACAAGCAAAAAUAGACAACAUAUACAACAAAAGAACUGAACAAAACAGAUGAUAAAGAAAUGAGUGAAUAUUUUAUACAAUUUAAUUACAAAAUGUUGCGCGAUCCGGCUGCAUCUUGAACCUUGGUACAAUUAACUAUAACCGCAAAACGAAUGGCAGAUCCACCAAAUUUACAGAUGUUAUAAGCAGUCGCAACGUAUUUCGGAUAAACAUAAAUUAAAAAACAAAAAAAAAGCACACACAAACAAAAAGUGAGAAUCGUCCCAAAAACAAAAAAUGCUAAAUUCGUAAUUCGUAAAAAACCCCCUCCGACUCCUCCAAGCAAAAGAGCUAAAUUAAAUGCAUUGAAAGCCUCCGCACAAGUACACGCACAAAAAAAUAUAUACAACAACAAUAUAUUAUACAAAAGCAACAAUCGUCGAAGCAUCUACAUAAAGCAUCCACAGUUUGGUCAGGAGAAAUAAAGCUUGGAGCGAACAUAUUAAGGAUCGUGGUGGGCGAACUCACUCAAUAAACCGUUAUUGGCAAAGGCUUUCAUAACUAGUAUAACUCAAACAACAAAACAUCAGCGGAAUUUCACUGACUCAGCUAAAGCAAAUUAGUCAGGAGGGCAUCAUUAAGUGGACCGUUUGACCGAUUCUCUUUACGUACAGAAAACUUCACCAAAUCCCAACAGCUAAUACCUGUUUGUAACGACAACCACAGCAAUCAUCAAAAGUACAUUAUUAGUAAGCUUAAGUUCUGUAUACCAAAGAUGGCGCUCAAUCACAAUAACAACAACAACCGCAACCCCAACGAUGACAAUCUGAAUCAAGAUAUCGCGGCUCCCGAACAUUUUGAGAAUUUAUUUCUGAAUGGAAAUUUCGCAGCAAACGAAGAUGAGGAGAUGUUGGAUGUGGCUGCGGCGGCACAACGCGUCAACAAUUUCGCCAUUAACGCUAAUGAUGAAACCUCCUGUUGGGUAUUUGGUUAUGGUUCGCUCUGCUGGAAUCCGGGCUUCGAGUAUUCCAAAUGCAUAACAGGGUAUAUGAAAGGUUUCGUUCGGCGUUUUUGGCAGGGCAACACAACUCACCGUGGCACAGAUGAGAAGCCUGGCCGCGUGGCGACACUCAUUGAAGACAAAGAGGUGGGUGACAAUAAUGGCAUAACUUGGGGUUGUGCUUAUAAAAUAUCCGGCAACACAGCAUUGGAUUAUCUGAAGCAACGGGAAUGCACGUUAGGAGGCUACAUUGUUCUCGAAACGAAAUUCUUCCCACGCAUCGCUUCGUUUGAUACACCAUUCAGCGGUGAAGCUUUUCCUGUACUGGUGUAUGUGGCCACGCCCGAGAAUGAUCUUUGGCUUGGCGAGGACACACUCGACAAUAUAGCCGAACAGAUUGUGGAGUGUCGUGGAGCGAGUGGUCACAAUGUCGAGUAUGUAUUGCGUUUGAGCAAUUUUAUUCGCGAGGAAAUCCCGGAUGUUGUGGAUCCGCAUCUGUUCGAACUGGAAAAUUUGGUUAUGGAAAAGUUGCAUAAACGUCAAAUACCGCUGUGGACUGUGAUGGGCGCUACGCCGGAACGUAUACGUCGCGACUCGCACGAGGAUAUCAAACGCGCACCCACAUUCGAAUUCACAUCGCGCAUUCCGGAGCGCAGAUUGCGUUGCUUGAAUAUUUGAUUUGAGAUUGCUAGGCAUGGCGGUACGCGAUUCAAGGGUCUAAUAGGCCAUAAUAAGGCUGGCUGUAAUAUAUUUUUCUUUUUGAUACAUGUAUAAAUAUAUGUAAAUGUUAAUUCAACAUACAUAUGUACAUAAAUGCAUUGCAGUACACAUUACUGAAUAUGAAAAUAAUUUUAGUGUUGAUUGCAGAAAAAUAUUACACUGACUGCGGAUUAUCUUGCAUUCAUUUUCAGAAACAAUUAGCUUUCAAUGUAAACGUAAUGUAUUUUGUACUAAGAUAUUAGAAUAUGAAAUUUUGUAAGAUUAACUGUUGUAAGAGAGAUACUAUCUGUGGCUUCUGCGCACAUUAUAUUAAUGCUAUAUUGUUGAUAAAAUUUGAAAAUAGCUUCGCGAUUAGGAAUAAAUGAGAAAAUACUAUAGGAAACAACUUUGUACUAAAUAAUAAAAACAAAUACCAAAACAAUGAAUAAA